AUGGACGAGGAUAAAUUAGUUGACCAGUUAUUGAGCAAAGAAGAUAGCUCUCGGGACGAUCACUGUAAACCAAAAAAUGAAGAUGUGUCGCUAUAUGGGUUACUAGAUGAGGUUUCCAACGGUAGGAGGUUGAUGAACUGCUUGUUCCAUUCAUCUAUGCAGGUCGGAACUAGAUUGAGUACCAACAAACUGGAUCAGAAAUGUCGACAAAUUCUGAGAGAUUGGACCGAUGAGGAAAAAACUAUGGCUAUGGAUUCUGGUGGUUUACAACUAGAUGCACCAGUUCUGUUUUCUUGGAGCCAUAAUUCAGCAUCCACGUCUGUGCAAGGCAAUACAAAUACAAACUUGAAGGGUUCUACACACGGUGGGAAGAAAAGGACUAAAAUUACCACUAGCAGCCAAUUAUUUGAUAAGGCUUCCGCAGAAAUUAGCAGAUGUAUAAGCCAGACUACAAAUAGUUGGAUGGUGGAUGAGAGCACUAACGCGAGUGAGACAAAUGGCAUCGACAACGACAAACCGUCCUCUUCAUGGGCUAGUUCCAGCUUCAAAGUGGAUCCUCUCCAGAAAUUUGUUGUCAAGCAAUUGCCAAAACCAAAGAAGAAACCUGAAAGUGAUCAAGCAAAGAAAAACAAGACGAAAAGGAAGAGCUUUUUUGGAUUCUGGGGCCAUUCUAGUUCCAAAUCGAGCUCAAAAAAGAAGCCCGAGAAGCCUAUCGAAAUUGAAGCCGAUGUUCACGAAGAAGCGGGAACUCCUAGCCCGCCACUGGAUGAAGAUGCUAGCUCCCACAAUGUAUGCACUACACAAUCAAAUCAAGAAAGCAUAAAUAGCCAACAAGUUGAGCCCGUAGAAAGUGAAGUUUCAGUCGAAAACACCCACAGCGACCAUGGUGAGUUCGAAGAAUUCAAACAAGCAACUGUACACGCCAACGAUCUUCUUUCUUGCGAGCCCAGUAUAGCCAACCCCCCUUCGUUGAACUUGGGCUCAUUUGUGCCAUUGCAACCAAAAAAGAAAACCUCAUAG